AUGUCUCGAUUUCAGACACUGCCAGGACUAGCACCUUUUGGUCGACAACGCCGUCGUUAUCGAGAUCGCAAGGUGAACAACCAGAAGUGUUAUGCGCACACUGAAGAGGGAUGGCGGAUGAUUCCAUGGUGUAAACUUCACGUCGGUCAAAUGGUUCGAGCUGUGAAUGGUGAGCAGAUACCGGCUGAUUGCCUCAUUCUUGCCACAUCUGAACCGGGUUCUGUCGCCUAUGUUGAAACGGCAAAUCUUGAUGGAGAAAGCAAUCUCAAGGUCAGGCAAGCGGCUCCUACACGACUCUCCAACAGCGAAAAUAGCAUGAACGUGAGUUUCCAUUGA